GAUGUUCCUCAUUCAUGUGUGUGUUCAGUGUUCAUGAUUCAUGUUCCUGUGAAAGAAAACUAACAAAACAUUGUAUUUGGUGAAUGGCAGAAAUAUCCAUUAUUACAUAGUAAGAGCUAUUGACCUAAUGUAAUAAAAAUCUAUAAAUUCAUAACUAGUGGUAAAACAUGGUUAAAAUAUUGUUCCUACACCCGGAUCUCGGCAUUGGUGGUGCAGAGCGAUUAGUUGUGGAUGCCGCAUUAGCUUUCAAAGGGAGAGGUCACGAUGUAGCAUUCUACACUAAUCAUCACGAUCCAACUCAUUGUUUUGCUGAAACUAGAGAUGGUACAUUUCCCGUUACCGUUGUAGGCGACUGGAUACCACGAUCUAUAUUUGGGAGAUUUAAGGCGGCUUGUGCUUAUGCUCGCAUGGUGUAUGCAGCUGUAUACAUGGCCUGGUAUGUUAUACCUGUAGAAGAACCGACACUUAUAUUUUGCGAUUUAAUAUCACUAUGUAUCCCAUUUUUGAAGCUGGCACGAGGACCGUUUAGGAUAGUAUUCUACUGCCAUCACCCAGAUAAAUUGCUCACAACAGAAGGUGGUCUACUUAAAAAGAUAUACAGAGCUCCAUUAAACUGGCUGGAGGAGUUGACUACAGCUCGGGCUGAUAAGGUUCUAGUCAAUAGCAAGUACACUGCUCGAGUUUAUCAGGAUGCAUUUCAGAGAAUUAAAGAUAUUCCUGACAUUUGUUAUCCCUCUAUAAAUACUGAGUUUUUCAAGACAACUCCUCCUAAGCCUUUGAAAGAAAUUGUACCGAUAGGUACGGAUAAGUUUAUAUUUUUAUCUAUCAAUAGAUAUGAAAGGAAAAAGAAUUUGAAAUUAGCUUUGAAAGCUUUAGAACAUUUGAAGCAUGUUGUUAGUGAAUCUGAUUGGGGUCGAGUGCAUUUGAUUAUGGCUGGAGGCUUUGACCCAAUAAAUUUGGAAAAUAUGGAGCAUUAUAUGGAAUUGACAGAUCUAGCUGCCGAACUGGAUAUUGAAGAAAAAGUGACAUUCAUGAAAUCUCCAAAAGACAUAGAAAAAGUGUCUCUCCUGUACAAUUGCAAGGCUUUGGUUUAUACUCCUUCUAAUGAGCACUUUGGUAUUGUUCCUUUGGAGGCUAUGUAUUAUAGUAAACCAGUGAUAGCUGUGAACAGUGGUGGUCCCACAGAGACCAUUGUCAAUGAUGUAACAGGGUUUCUGUGUGAGCCUAAUAGUCAAUCUUUUGCCAAAGCUAUGAGUAAGUUAAUGUUAUCUCCAGAAUUGUGUGAGAGGUUGGGUGAAGCAGGAAGGAAGAGAUUUGAAGGUAAGUUCUCCUUUGACGCUUUCACUAAUCAGUUGGAUGGUAUACUGACAAGGGAGAGGCAAAUUGUUUCAGAGGCUCGAGCCAUUGAGUAUGAGCAGAAAAAGCGUAAAUAAGAGAAAGCAGUCUCUCCUACAAUUGUUUGAGAGAAGCUGACCAAAGAAACAGCUGAAAAAUUACUUGCAGUUAAAGCUUGUGUCUAAAACUUAAAUGAUAUUAUUUUAAAAGUGUAUUUUCGUAGCUACUUAUGCAAAUUGACAUAUUUUACUUUCAAUUUAUAUGUCAAUAACAUCUUUUGUUGUUUUAUAAAAUUAGCCCAGUAAGUGAGAAUUGGAUUAGAAAUAAGCAUUACAGAGUUUUGUAUCACAUAUUAUCUGAAAACAUAUUGUUGUUGUUUAAAGCCUAGUAAAUAGCUGUGACUAAAUAGACAUCUUUAGGCAAA